AUGUCUGGUGGCUCCGCUGAUUACAACAGAGAACAUGGCGGCCCUGAGGGAAUGGACCCCGAUGGUGUCAUCGAGAGCAACUGGAAUGAAAUUGUUGAUAACUUUGAUGAUAUGAAUUUAAAAGAAUCCCUUCUCCGGGGUAUCUAUGCUUAUGGUUUCGAGAAGCCUUCAGCUAUUCAGCAGAGAGCUAUUAUCCCCUGCAUUAAAGGGUAUGAUGUGAUUGCUCAAGCUCAGUCAGGUACUGGCAAGACAGCCACAUUUGCUAUUUCCAUCCUGCAACAGUUGGAGAUUGAGUUCAAGGAGACCCAAGCACUAGUAUUGGCCCCCACCAGAGAACUGGCUCAACAGAUCCAAAAGGUAAUUCUGGCUCUUGGAGAUUAUAUGGGAGCAACUUGUCAUGCCUGCAUUGGUGGAACCAAUGUUCGAAAUGAAAUGCAAGAAUGGAAAUUGGAUACACUUUGUGACCUGUAUGAGACACUGACGAUUACACAGGCUGUUAUCUUUCUCAAUACAAGGCGCAAGGUGGACUGGCUAACUGAGAAAAUGCAUGCUAGGGACUUUACAGUUUCUGCACUGCAUGGUGACAUGGACCAGAAGGAAAGAGAUGUGAUCAUGAGGGAAUUCCGAUCAGGGUCAAGCAGGGUUCUGAUCACCACUGACUUGUUGGCACGUGGGAUUGAUGUUCAACAAGUAUCUUUGGUUAUAAAUUAUGACCUACCUACCAAUCGUGAAAACUAUAUUCACAGAAUUGGCAGAGGGGGUCGAUUUGGGAGAAAAGGUGUGGCUAUUAACUUUGUUACUGAAGAAGACAAGCGGAUUCUUCGUGACAUUGAGACUUUCUACAAUACAACAGUGGAGGAGAUGCCAAUGAAUGUGGCUGACCUUAUUUAA